AUGACUACGUUGAACGAGUCGUUUAAGAAGAAACAGCGCCGUCUGAAGGCAAACGGACGCGAACGCCAACGUAUGCAUGGCUUGAACGACGCGCUGGAUGUGCUUAGACAGUAUGUACCCAUUACAACUCAACACCAAAAGCUCAGCAAAAUCGAAACGCUCCGGCUGGCAAGGAACUAUAUUAUGGCGCUCCAGCGAAUCCUCCAGACAGGACGUCAACCUACUCCUCUGGAAUACGCUCAUCAGUUGUCGAUUGGCCUCAGUCAGACCACUACAAACAUGCUGGCCAAUUUCUUGCAGAAGCGUAAGCCGCCGCCAAGCCGGCAUAAGCCAUAUAUUACUACUAACUCAUUCGUGGUUCAUUCAUAA